AAGCGAUUCACCCGUUUUCCAUUCUUUCAUUAUUUUGCGCGAUAAUUAAAGAGUUAAUGGACGUGUAACUUCACAAUUUUAUUAUUCGGUUUAUAUUAAGUGUCAUACGAAGUUUUUUUAAUAAAAGCUAAGAAUCGAUUAUUACUCUACAAAGGUGAAAACGAGACAUACAACUGAAGAUGUCAGUAGGAUGGGGCAGCCUACCAAUACUCCCCUUGCGGUCGGUGCUGGAACACCUCAGUUUGAAAGACGCUCUUGCCGCGACGGCCACCUGCAGGCAUUGGCGGUCUUCCAUCUUGGUGUAUGAGGGAAAGAAGGAAUUGUUAAAGUUAAGCGUGAAACAUCUGGAGAAGAGCGCGUUCGUGACGUCACUGUUCAAGAAACAUGUAAGAAGAGUGCACAUAUACAUCAACGACACAGAGGAGAAAUUGGAGACGUUCAUGGAAUAUAUCCUGCCACAGUAUUUCGACACACUACAGCUGAACGAAUUGGUUUUUAUUGGACCAAGUUACUUACUGAGGAAUAAAUAUGUGCCAACCGUUAGUCUUAAAAGAAUAUUAACAGAAAGUCUGAUUUUCAAGCACAUAGAAAACCUAAAGUCGCUACUAUUUAUUGGCUGCGAGAUGGGAUACGCAGAAAGUGAUAAUGAAAGAUAUAUACACGAUCACGUUGAACAGCACUCACGCGCGCUCAAGUUUAAUUUUACUCCAUCGCCCAACGAUACAGUAUUCUCCAGGUGCAAUAUGACGAAGAUGAUGUUUGCCAAUCUAAAGUACGUAACAAUAGACUACGAGCUGAUAAGUGCAGCAACACUACACACGCUCGACCAGAUCCCACUCCUCACUCUGCUAACACUGAACGUAGGCAACAAGCAGCCGGCCACACUCGAGCGCUUUGAUUGGCCGAGAAUAGCCGUCAACGUGCGCGUUAAUAUUAUCGCUGUAUCGCAGAGAAGGUUCGAAGAUAUCAUAACAAAUGUUUUUGUGGAGGGCAUGAUUCUUACCUCGCUGAAAGUUAUGUUUUGUAAAGAUCUACACAUACCUCUGAUAAGCCACAUCGUGGGAAUGUAUAAAUCGACUUUGAAAGAAUUCCUCUGGGUCGAUAGUCCGUUCGAAUCUUUCGAAAAUUUGGAUAGAAUUGUUAGACCCAAUUCAAGAGUUUAUAUCGACAUGUGCCCAGUAAACCCGUUGAUAUUAUUAUGCUGGCAAUGCCACCAUUUGAAACGACUUGUUAUACAUGGAUAUUGGAUAUGGCAGUAUGACGUCAUAGGCAUAGUCCGACUGCGCAAAAGUCUCCUCGAAGUGGACAUAUCAGCGGUGUACGACCGUCAGUAUUUAGUCAAGAAAGACGUAAACACCAACAAUAUACUCCGAGUGCUGACUCACGAUGUCAUUCCCGCACCUGAUGCGAAAUUUGUGAAGCAAGUGAACAAGCACACGGAAUUCAGAUGGACGCCAUCUUUGAUGACCGACUUGCACCCGGCGCUACAAGAUGGCGCCAGUCCGGAAAUUCAAGCAGAUUAUAUUCUACACGAAGCUACAAGGCCUCCUGUGUUUUAAACAAGGUGCAAGAAAUUUUAGCUCAAACACCAAGCAAAGAAAGUCAUCAAAAAGGUUAUUUUAAUACGCGGGAACGUAUUCUAAAAUUAAUACUAUAAUUAAAAUAAAUAGCUGAAUAUUUAAUAAUUUUUUAUUUUUAAAUAUUUGGCUAUUAAUUUAAACUCAAUAUGUAUCAGUGAACGGUUAAUAUGUAUCAUAUUAUAUUUUCAAAAAAUAUAACAUGACUAGUGUGAAAUGUUCUUAAUAUGUAUAUCCUAUAUUUUAAUAAGUUAUUGCUACGAAUAUGUGAAUUUUAAAAUAUUUUCUAUCGGAUUGGAAAGUUAUAGUAUUUUUUAUAUUUUUAUGUUAUUUUUACGUUUGUUGAAAAUAUAUUUAAAAUUGGUUUAUAUAAAUUACUUUUGUUUUGGUAAAAGUGUCUUCAGUAAUCAUAUAUCUAGUACUGUUAUAUUUUUUGCUGUUUUAACUAAUUUUCUUAGUAUACAAUGGUACCGAAUAUAGUUUCUACUUUCUUGCUCUUUAAUAAAUAAGGCUUCUUUAAAAUGUUCAAUAAUAUGUUUGGUUCACUACAUUUGAUUUAUAAAAGACAUUAAAAUUUCCCAAAUUUUCUUUUGCUAUUUAAAACUAAAAAAUUAUAUACGUUUCUUUUAAUUAUUUACUUAUAAAAAUAUAUCACGAUGUAAAUUGUAGAAAGGUUAAAAAAAACCUUUUUUAAUAUUUCGCGAGCUUUAAUAAUAAAUGAUUUGCACGAAAUUUAUAUUUAUAUAGACUAUCGCGAAUCAGUAUUGAGUUAAAAAAAGGUCAUUUUAAUAUUUAAAUAUUUUAAACAUGGUAUGGGAAAAUAUUCUUAUUAUCGUAGGGGUAAGGUUAAGCUUUUUUUUUUUCAAUAUAACAAAAAUAUAUAUAUUACAAGCGUCAUUAGAGUAUUAGGUUACCGAUAUGUUUUAAAACCAAUACUUUAAGGCCUAAUUUUUUUUUAAAUAACGCGGCAAAUUAUACAGAUCAUAUUUGAUUUUACGCAGAUAAUAAAAGUUCCUGAUUUGUAUGUAGAAUUACGUUACAGAUUAUAAAUUAUAUUCACUGCAUUCACGAAGCACUUAGAGACGCAAAAUGUAGAUGUGUUUACAUCAUGCCUGUAUAUAGCUUUAAAUAUUCCUUAUAAUAAUGGAAAAUAACGAGAUAUCGAAACAAUACAGUAGGUACUAAAGCGUAGUCGAAAUAAGACGCAAUUUAUGUCAAUUCCACAAAAAAUAACAACAGAUAAAAAAUUUAUCCAAAUCCUGUCUAUGACCUAACCUUUAGUUUGUGUAUACAGAUUAAAAAUCGAAUAAUUUCAUUAGUGUUCUAUAAUAUGUAUAGGAAAUAUUGAGAAACGCCGAAUGAUAUGUUUACAGGCAACAUCUCACAAAACACGAAUUUAUCGCGUAGUUACGGACAAGUUAAUAUCUUAGAGAAAUUGUUAGAAUUCGUUUGAUCGCACAAAUCGACGCUAUGACAAUAUAACAGUGCGAGUAUGUGACCAGCUGUGACAACAUGUUACAUUAUUUAUCAUGGCAAUAAAAUAAUCGAUUAAAAAAUCAAACACCCAUUCCUUUACCAAAUUCAAAAGAAAUUUCUAGAACUUUUACAGGCAUAUGAUAAAAUAAAAGGAGUAAAUAAAGCUUCAAACACCGAUACAGCUGAUUAAAUGUAAUUAAUAGUUUAUUCGGUCACAUCGCUAAAUUAUCAACAACACGUCUUGAUAGUUUAUUGAAAAAGCGCGAAAAAAUUUGUACAUAAAUAAUAAAAAUAUCUUAUUCCAUCGAGAAUGGCGUGGGAAAGACUUAAACAUCUAGUCAAUAUCGCCGGGCUGUGUAUAUAAACGAAAAAAAUAAAAAUAAAGACGCGUGAGCCCGCGCUUUAGAAGCACAAACUAACCAAGUAUUACGAAUACAUAUUAUAAUUUAUAUCAACACUAUAAGUAGCUUUAAGAGGAAAUCUCGACUGUAUCAAAUACGGUGACGUGCCACUUCAAACGAAAGUAGGGAUAGAGAAGAAAAUUUUUAUUAAAAAAAACGGGUCGUGCAAAUCGCAUUUAUUGGUACGUAGACGUAACUUCGCUGACAUACAAAGCACCUUGAAUAGAACAUUUAUUUUGCAGCGUUCUAUACAAAUCCGUCCCGAAAACACACUAUGUAACAUUGAAUCGGUUACCUAACGAAUGCGAGGUGCUAAAACGAUGAAAAAAAUACAAAAAAUAUAUGUUGUCACGCACAAAAAUUGUGAUCUUAACUUAUUCCCAACUGUACAUGCCUUCGAUUAGUGUACAAAACGAUACAAAUAUAAUAUACCCUUGAUAUCUGAAUUGAGCUGACGCUAAACGAUAUUGUCUUAGACGGAAAUAAGUAUAAUAACGCUUCACAUAGCUAGUACUAAGUACUUUAAUUUAGAGACUCACUAAUGUGUAAAAAGAAUUGAAUGAUUGGUUUGUUUCCAAUAUUUUUUACGGUGUUUAUAGUUCGAUGCGAUGAACAUAUAUUGUAAGGCAACUAAGAGACUAACCAAGAUACAUUCCCUGAGACUGACAAAUAGAGAGGCUAAGGUCUAAACAAUGUUAUUGUUACGAAAUUUCGCGUGUGUUGAGGCUGUAAGAUAUAUUCAAUAUUCAUUUAUGUUUAAAACAAUAACGUGUUACUAGAGCGUUAUAUUUUUUUGUUUGAUUGUGAUAAUCGAUUCCAGAAGAAUAAGAUUGCGUUUUUAUUGUGAUAUAUUUUAUGUUUAAAAAAUUAAAAUCAAUACUUAAAAAAAAAAU